AUGAAUACCACAGAGAGGGAACUCCAACCAGGAUUCCGCAGGAGCAAGAUGACAACAAUAAAGGGGCUACGCACUAGGAGUGUGUUCACAUUCAACCCAACAACGAUCAGCCCUGGGGAAGAGUUGUAUAUCAACAUACCUAAACUCAAGCCAUCAAGUUGUCUAGUCCCCGGAUCGUUAAAUCUCCUGUUUGACUUCAAGAACUUAAACACUAAAAGCCGCUUCAUGAACAACCUAUCGAAACUUUUAACCAAACGGUUACAAAUAAAAGUGGCAGGGGAAACAGCCUAUGACUGCUCAGGUGAAAGUCUGUUUGAAGUGUACAAGGACCUAUUGCUCACAGUUGGAGACAGGAAGAAGAUGAUAGAGCAGGGAUUAGCAAAUAAAAACCUACGCAAGUUAUUCUCAGGGGACGACUCAGCUGUAAAGGUAGGUGACAGCGGUAAAGUGGCAGACGCACUAGUUCAAUCAAUUUAUGGCACUAAGCUGAAAAAGCCAAUCGAUAAGAUCAUAGGUGACCACGGACUUUACACUCCCUUUACCAUGAAUAACAAUCCAAUGUACAUCCUAAUACUCCCAGAAGCAUCUGAAACAAUGGUGGCGCAAGGUGGUCAAAAAGUUGAUGGGUACAAACUGGAAAACCUUGAGUUAGAGUAUGAUACCAUUGAGAACGACUCCCUAGCCAGUGAAAUUUCAAGCAAGUACACCUAUGGUAGAAGUCUGUCGUACAAACAUGUUACACUAAUGAGCACCAGUAAUUGGGACAAGGACCUUACCAUCGUCAAUGAAAACAUCAACAUUCCUAGGAAGAGUAUGUGUGCUAUUGUCCUACUGUUUACCAACCAAGUGAGAACUGACUCAGAAGAGUACCUUUACCUCAACAUUGACAAAGUCAAGCUGACCAUUGAAGGUGUGCCAAACUCAGUGUUUUCACAGCGACUUCCAAAGAGCCAGUUUUUCGAAGAGGCAAAGAGGUUUUUCUGUCCGAUGUGUGAAAAAUCGAUGGCCGACGAAUUUAUGUCAGUCGUCAGGUUUUACGGGAACGGGUUCGCACUUGUGAUAGACCUGAGGUCAACCCAAGAUGAUACCACAGGAGAUGGUAAAAAGAUCGUGAACACCCAAAGUGGAGUCCUGUUGGAGAUCACAAAGAGAGCAACAUUUAAGCUCAACUCAAUACUGAAGGUAUCCCUGAGGGAAUGCCUAAAGUGA